CCCAUUUGAAUGGCAGUGAAUGGAUCGUCUCAUUGGAAAGUGUUCGAACCUUAGUCGUAAAGGUGUUUAGAAAGAGAACUGAGAUAAAUCCACUAAACAAUGAAGAGGCUGAACAGAAGAAAUACUCUCAACUUAGUUAAAGAACUAGAUGCCUUUCCUAAAGUUCCAGAGAGCUAUGUUGAAACAUCAGCUUUUGGAGGCACAGUGUCUCUGAUUGUAUUCAUCCUCAUGGCACUUCUGACCAUCUCAGAGUUUUUUGUAUUCCAGGACUCAUGGUUGAAAUAUGAAUACGAAGUAGACACAGAUUUUACUAGUAAACUGAAGAUAAAAAUUGACGUCACAGUUGCAAUUAAAUGUGAAAGGGUGGGUGCAGAUGUGUUGGAUAUUACUGGCACUAUCAUUGCAUCAAAGGAACUUAAAUAUGAUCCUGUCAGCUUUGAGCCCUCUCCACAGAAAAAACUGUGGUAUCAGAUAUUACAUCAGAUUCAAAACCGACUGAGGGAAGAGCGUUCACUUCAAGAUGUACUCUUUAAAUCAGCGCUGAAAGGAUACUUUUCUGACCCAGUUCCACAAAAUGAUUCUCCAUCUAAUUCCCAGAAUGCAUGUAGGAUACAUGGACAAAUCUAUGUCAUUAAAGUGGCGGGGACUUUCCAUAUCACAUUAGGCAAACCAAUUGAUACUAUCAGAGGUCAUGCCCAUUUUGCUUCAUUAAUCAAAAAUGAAGUUGCUCUUAACUUCUCACAUCGGAUAGAUUAUUUAUCUUUUGGAAACGAUGUUCCUGGACACAUCAAUCCCCUUGAUGGCACAGAAAAAAUUACAUUAGAGCAAAAUAUGCUGUUUCAGUAUUUUAUCACAGUUGUGCCCACCAAGCUGCACACAUCAGGUGUUUCAGUGAACAUGCAUCAGUUUUCUGUUACAGAACGGGAGCGGGUUGUAAGCAAUAAGAAAGGCAGUCAUGGUGUAUCUGGGAUCUUUAUUAAAUAUAAACUGAGUCCAUUAAUGGUAAGGGUGAGAGAGGAGCAUAUGCCUCUCUCUGUGUUUCUUGUGAGACUGUGUGGCAUCGUUGGAGGAAUCUUUUCAACUUCAGGUCUGCUCCACAGAUUGAUUGGGUAUUUUGUUGACAUUAUCUGCUGUUGCUUUAGACUUGGAGCAGAUCAAUCCAAGGAGGGUUCUCCCUGAUUAGGACCGCCUGGAACAUUUUACUUGUAUUUAUUUAGCGACAUUUAUAUAAAGCGAAAAAUGAGAAGCAUAAAUAAGUCCUGGAUGGUAGCCUAUAAACAGAUUAUUUAGUUUACAACUGCAAUUACAUAUUAUGCCAUUCGCAAUGCUUAAUGGGAUUGUAGUUCUUUCCAUCAUUAAAGCCGUUAAGAACAUGGUCUUAUACGUUUGUCUUUUUUUUUUUUUUUUUUUUUUUACAAAUACUUUUUAUUUGUUUCAUUGUUUAUAACUCUCUGGUCUUAACGGGCUG